UGCUCACGGGAGAAUAUUCUACACGGAGACGUUUCAGCGGCUAGCCUUGAAUCAUCAAACACCAAACCCAACAAAUCAGACUUCAAGACCUUUGAAUAGCAAACACACACAACCAUGGCCAUCACCAGAAUCGGACUCAUUGCGCUCGCAGACGGCCCUGGACAAGAUGAGGCGGUGAAGAGGUUCAGUAACUUUGUCAAUGACUGCAAAAAGGAGGAUGGCUCAACAUACCUCGUCGCCUCAAAGGCUAGCAAGUGCAAGGUUCUGACCGACGUCCCGGGAUCCCAGGCAUGGUCCGUCGUUUACGAGAUUACGUUUGCCAGUGAAGCGGAUAUGGAGUACUACCAGACCAAAGACCCAAUCUACCAAGAGCUCAUGAAGCAGGCUGCCGAGGGCAAGGCGACAGGCUUCAUUGCUGUGUCUGCAGAGUUCUAGAUGCUGGUCGUACAGAUAUCCAAAUGAAUUUCAACAUGAGUUUAUGAAGUAUCGCUUUUCU